AUGCCUACCAUACAAGAUCCAUGGCCCAUUGAAUAUGGUGUCUGUGUAGAUAUGAGCAAGACCAGAAAUAUAACAGAGCCCAUCUUGGUUGAUCAGAGGAGUUUGUUUUCCUGUUCUUGUGAAUUAAUCAAGCUUUGCCCUGAAAGUUUGACAUCAAUCAUUUUGAUCAACCAGUUUUGUGUUCCACAUAAUAUGCUUAAAAAACUUGUGUUCAUUGCACUCCUGGGUGCACUACCCAUCACCUCAGGAUCACUAAUUUCAAAAAGUACAUCUGAAGUGAAUGAUAAACAAGUGGAGAAGACAUCAGGUGCAUGUGGUAACAAUCUUUGGCAUGUUACCAGGUAUGUUGAGGAUUUGAGGACCAAUGCAAGUGGAAAAAUUGGUGCAGUCAUCUGUGGGAUAGAUAAAAAGAUUGUAAAGAUAGAAUUGGAUUGA